AUGCCCGGCGAUCACCAGAUUGGUAGCAAGAGCAGGGAUGUGGGAUGGUACGACGAACCGAUAACUUCAAUUGAUCCGUCUGUUCGCGAACUCUUGGAGAAAUAUAGCAACUAUGCUCCCAGUGAGGUGGUAUCGUCCGCAGUCGAAAUGAGAGACAGGAUUUGGGAUGUUUUCCCAUGGCCAUGUGUUGGACAAUUCCGUUUCCUCGACUUGUCACUCAGCCGAAGCAAGUCGUACCCUCGCAUUCUCGACGCCAUCAAAGGCGGCGAACGAUUCCUCGACGUUGGCUGCUGCUUUGCUCAAGAUAUGCGCAAACUCGUGUAUGAUGGCGCACCCGCAGAACAUCUGUAUGGAUUGGAAAUCCAGGCCGAAUUCAUCAGUUUAGCAUACCAGUUCUUUCGCGACGAAGCAAUAAUAGCCGCGGAUCAUUUCAUAAUCGCCGACCUUAUGGAUCGAGCAGAUCCCAAGGUGCAACAAGUCGCUGGCACAUUUGGGAUUGUACAUCUCGGUAUGAUUUUACAUACUUGGGAUCGGGCUGGUCAGUUGAAGGCGUGUCAGCGAGCUGUUGAGCUGCUGCGGCCGGAGUCAGGAGCACUUGUUGUCGGACAGUGUGUUGGGCAUAUAGAUGGCGUUCAGUCGCCGGGGAGGGGAGGCAAGUCUAUCUUCAAACACAACGAAAUCACGUUCCGAGAUCUAUGGAAGGAGGUGGAAAAGCUCACCAAUACGAGGUGGGAAGUUCGGGCACAAUUGGACCAAGGGUUGGGAAUCAAGGAGAACAAUCGCCAAUGGGAUGAUCCGAGAACGCGCCGCUUAGUCUUUGAGGUUGAGCGGCUGCCGGAUUCUUCGUAA